AUUUACCCGAAAUGUUAAACAAAAAUUAUUUACUAGCAAUAAAAGUUUCUUUGGAAACGAUUUUAAUUUAAUUCUUGACACUACUUCUAAUGCUAAUUCCUACUACGCUGUACUACGGUACUUAAUGUUUAGUAUUUGAAUUAUCGUUACUCUUCUUCCUUUGUACAUUAAUGUCGAGCAGAGGAAUGCGUAACUUUGACGUCUCGUGUAGCGCGGUCAGCUGUCGCCACUCAGUCGUUCUGCUUUUAACGCACUUUCGACCGUUUCGCGCCGUAAAAUUACUACCUCUUUUCCUCUUCCUAUUUUCUCUGCAUACCGAUGCUGCGAUGGAAACGUCACGAUAAUGGCAAAGCACAAAGUUUGCUGCACGCGAUUUGCUUAUGCCGACGGGUCCGCAUUUGCGCAUUCUAAUUCUAAUUUUACAAGCGAAGGCGUCAAUCUGACGUAAUUGAAAACUACGUCGGAUUAUUUCCUGUAUUUGCCUUUCUCUUACGUCGCCAAAGUUGAGAAACGCAAUAACUGUGUGAGAUCUAUCGAUUUUUACUGAAAAAAAGAGGAUUGGAAAUCAAAUUAAAUACAAAUUAAAAGAUGAAUAAAAUAUGUAAACGUUACAUCUGUAUGUUUGUCGAUUAAUAUUGUUUCUAUUUAAAAGUACUUUGCUCUUGGGAAAAGUUUCAAAGCACUGCAUUAGAAGACCCUAAAAAUAUUUUUACUGUGCCAUAAAACUCUUGGCGUAAUCUCACCUCGCAGCAUUAUACUUUCGAAAAGUUGUUCCUGAGUUGUCGUAUUAAUCAUCUAAAAGAGGGAAUAAAUUUUCUCAAGGCUCGUAUUAUUUGAUAUUCGAUAUUGAUCUCGCAUUGAGAACCGGAAAGAAAGAUAGUCAAUGGGGCGAACACAUCUGAGGUGUAACGAUGGAUUAUAAGGGAUCGGAAACGACGUUUACAGUUUACAAUUCAAGGGUGGGUUUCAUAUUUUUUCCCCGAAGAGCACAUUUUUUUCGCGACUCUAAUAUUUAUAUAAGUCGCUUUUUCUUCCUGCCUUUUCAUAGAAGAAUUAUGAGGUGUCUUAUUAACCUGCUAAACAAACAAGGUCGUAAAAUAUCUGAGUUUUAAUAUGAUUUUACGAUGAAAAAAGACUAAGAUUAAAAAAAAAUUGACUUGUCUCCUUCUAAUCCGACAUCAGUAUCUUAAUGUUGCAAUAAAGUACCAUUGUUUUUAGAAGCAUAUAAAACGCGUUGGCAAAUGGAAAAAAAGGACUGCGAGGAAAUUGCAAUAACAUUAUAUAUUAUAUAAAAAGUUUAAUCUAAGUAUUGCCAAUUUCUAAUAUUUAAAAAAUUUUUAAUUAUUCUACUCCGUUUAAAGAUAAAUAUUUAAAAAUGCAAAGCAAAGCAAUGUUAUUGUCGUGCACAAUAAUUUCUUUUUAUACUUAUAAAUAAUAUUUUUGUUGAAAAUAUAGAAAGCCAUUAAUUUUUUAAAUUGGAACAUCUUGUCAAAAUGUUAAGUUGGGGAUAGAAACAAGAAAAAUGGAUAACAAGAGCCUCUGCAUUUAUUCUUUCCGGAUCGUUCUGAAUGGCUCGACCCUGUAUAUCGGAACAUUGUGAAGGAUACACGACAUCCCUGUGUAACGUGAUACUAGCCGCCGGUGCGAGGAGAAGGAUGAGAAGGAAAAGAUGAUGAAGAAGACCUGUGUUCUGGUUUAUAAAAAUUGCUGUUGAAAUAUAUCCUCGAAAGCCGAAACCACGGAAACGCUGGCGCCCAUACGUCACCGCUAACACGCCAAUGUUUCGUUAACACAUUAACAAGAACACAGUGCGAUAAAUUAUUUAUUCAUGCUUUUAUUUUUUUUUUCUUUCGCCAAAUUUUUCCGUUGAGUGAUCGAUAUGAAUAAUUCGGUAGUAAUUUCCGGUAAUCAUCUUUUUAAGAUGCCGAACUUGCGUGACAAAUUUUCAUACUAGAUUACAAAAUCUUAAUUGAAAUCAAUAUAAAUAAUUAUCAUUUUAAAUAUUAUUCGUAUACUUGAUUUAACUGUAGAUAGAUUUAGCUGUACAUGAAAGAGUGGCGUUUUGCAUUUUUUUAAAGAUUCUUUGAACUCUAUCCAAUCAUCGUAAAAACCUGCCGCGAACAUAUUGCAUUGAAGUGACAUCGACAAAAAUAAAUAGAUUGCCUCACCGCGCUCUGUGCGUUGCGGCGCAUCUUAAUAAAAGCGCGUGCACAUACGACCUUCCGCCUCUAAGACUACCGGUAGCCAUUUAGAAACCAAUGAGCUUCUAAUGAAGGUGGAGCUUGCGACGGAAAUCUCCACCUACUCUUAAAACGCUCUAUUUCCCUCCGCUCGGCAGCGACGAGCGACACAGCACGAGCCGGGAGAAGAUCGCGGAGAACGCAAGAGAACGAGAUAGAGAGAGAGAGAGAGAGAUGAAAACAGAGACGGAGGUGGAGAGUCGAUGAGGACCUUUAAGUACGUCUUAACUCGGCCAAGUCAGUUGGCAUCUCGCUGCCCGAGAGCAAAAUGACGCCUUCGUUUUCGAGCGCGAUCCCGCGUUCAGACGGCCCCGCGAUCGGAUUGUCGUAACUCCGAACGUUGAACGGAAAUUACGGACUCCAGUUGCAUCUCCAGCAGUUGCUUGACGCAAAUUGAGAUCUGUGGCGGACGUGCAUUGAUCGGUUAUGUUCGAAAGUGAAUAGGGAACUUUCGACAAAUUUGCUUUAUGAGAUAGAAGUUGCCACCGGCACAAGUUGAUGAGAAAACGUGAACGAAAGUGAGGUAGUACCAGGUAAGAUUCUACUUCGUGAAAUUGAGACGACGCUCGCGGAAUUGAGUCGACGCAGCCGAUGAUAUAAAUACGCGGGAAGCGAAGGAUGCGUUAAAAAAUUGAAAACCUGCGCGCGCGAGAGAGAGAGAGAGAGAGAGAGAGAGAGAGAGAGAGAGAGAAGCGGAGAACUUGGCAAUGGAAUCGUAUUGAUUGUCAUGCUGACGUGAAAGAAAGUGCGCCGGAAGAGAGCGGGAGAAAAAAAAUGUUAGCCGCGACAGACGCGGGGCAAGGCGCGAAUAACAGCGUAAUAGUGUCGCAGCUCACGAAUUCGCACACUCCGCAGGAUUUCACGGUCUCACGUCUCCUGUCCACGCCGACACACUCCUUAGAUUGCAGCGAGACCUCUUCUGCUACUGGGAACAGAAGACCCAGGAGAAGCAGGACAACCUUCUCGGCGCAACAGUUGGCCGCGUUGGAGAGGGUCUUUGAGAAGACGCACUAUCCAGACGCCUAUGUUCGCGAGGAACUGGCGACUAGGGUGUCUUUGUCGGAGGCCAGAGUGCAGGUGUGGUUUCAGAACAGGCGGGCGAAGUUCCGGCGGAACGAGCGGAGCUCGGCGAUGAGCCGAGGCGUCUCCGCGGGCAGGGAGAUGGAGGCCGCGCUACCGCUGCGCCCUAUCAGGGUGUCGCAUCCGCCGCAGCAUCCGGCGGAGAGCAACGCGGAAUCGUCGCAGGGCGCAACUGCCGCGACCACCCAGGUGACGGCGCAGUACUCUUACGGCGAUUAUUGGCGAACGACGCCGCAGCACUACGCGGUGCAAACUGCUGCGACCGCUGCCGGCUGUCACGGCUUCGCCGCGAACGGCGGCCUGGCGAACGUGGGCCUGCCGUCGUACCACCAUCACCAGGCCGACAUCCAUCACGGCACUCUCCACGACGGAACCGCCGUGAACGGGCUGAGCGCUCUGAGGCUGCGAGCGCAUCCCUACAGCUCGACGUAUCCAGCGAUGCACGCGAACCGUUCGAGUUGCUCUACAAUAUCAUUCUGGAGAUGUUACGCAAACAUGUGAAGAAUCAGUUAACGGAAUCUUUAUAAAAGUGACUGUGAAUGUUCGCUCGUCUAAUCGUUUAAACCAAAGAUACUAUAUGUAUAAGUUGAUUGUUAAGACUAAAUUUAAAACUCCCAUAGUCGAUUCCAUGAUGAUUCGAUGAUCUCGCGCUGCAACUGGGAAUCCCAGGGGAUAUGUGCAAAAAAGGAUAUUCUACAGAUUAUCGUAAACUAUAAACGUCCAACGUUGAUCGUGUGCCUUAUAACAAAUGAUGAUAAUGAUAAUUAACCGAUUAGAUUAGGUUUAAGUAAGUUCUGAACACACAGGGUAAAUAAAUAGUGCUUCUUUUUCGCGUCGAUAGAGUAGCACAUUAAGUUAUAUACAUGAGGAAGUAUAUGUUAGAACAUUGCAAUAUAUUUUAAAUACAGAAUACGGUAUUCUACACGAAGUUAUGGCCUUACAUAGAUAUAUGUAGACGGUAUUGAUAAAGACAACGUCGUGUGCAAUAAAAACAUUGAGAUCGGAGAUUAUCUUUGGGUAUGUUUUCUCGAUAUAUAUAUAAAGUCAGAAAAGAGUACACAACAUACAGAUAUAUGUAACAAAUACAUGUAUAUAUAUGUACACAUAUCGAAAUAUAUAUUGGCACAGGAUUAGAAUAUA